CAGCAGCAGCAGCAGCAGCAGCAGCAGCAGCAGCCGCAGCAGGAGGUGGUGCGCGUGUACAACGGCGCCUGUGCCUGGGCGUCCGGCCAGCUGGAAGGCGAGCUCAGGGGCGGCGUGUGGGGGCUGGUGACCCAGGCGGCGGUUGCUGACGUGGCGGGCACACCGCCGCAGCGGCUGUGGCGCGAGCUCACGGACUCGGGGCGGCUGCGGUGGCUGUGA